UCGUCGAAUAUUCAAGCAUACUAGUUUAAUAACAUCAUAACAUCACAUAAAAAUGUUUAAGAACGCAGUUGCUUUCGUGACGGGUGGUUCGAGUGGUCUUGGUCGAGCUACUGUAGAAAGAUUCGCACGCGCCGGUUCCAAAGUUGUUCUCGGUGAUUUAGGAACGUCACAAGGUGCAGAGGUCGCUAAGGAAAUCGGCGAUAACGUUAUAUUCGUUCCAACCGAUGUGACUUCUGAAAACGACGUAUCAAAAGCACUUGAAGCGGCAAAAUCUGAAUUUGGUCGAUUAGAUGUUGUGGUUAAUUGUGCAGGAAUAGGAAUAGCCAAAAGAGCUUUCAGUUUUCAAAAAAAUACACCACACACAUUAGAAGAUUUUAUUAAAGUUAUGAACGUUAAUACUACUGGAACAUUUAAUGUUAUUCGGUUGUCAGCUGGUUUGAUUGGACAAAAUAAUGCAAACUUUGAUGGUCAAAGAGGUGUAAUAAUUAAUACUGCUUCUGUUGCUGCAUAUGAUGGUCAAAUUGGCCAAGCAGCUUAUGCAGCAUCGAAGGCAGCAGUAGUAGGAAUGACAUUGCCAAUAGCUCGUGAUCUUGCAUCACAAGGAAUUAGAAUUGUCACAAUUGCACCUGGUCUUUUUGACACACCAAUGCUUCAGCAACUGCCAGAUAAAGUGCGAAGUGCUCUUGCUCUUACAAUUCCAUUUCCACAACGGCUUGGCGAUCCUAAAGAAUAUGCACAACUAGUUGAGUCGAUUGUUGACAAUCCUUUACUCAAUGGUGAAACAAUUCGUCUUGAUGGAGCGCUUAGAAUGCAGCCAUAAGCGUUCUAAUGUGAAUCAUUAGAAUUUUCAGGACUCCACUGCAUUUAUUAAUCGUAUUUUAUUGAAAUAACCAGUUAAAAAAUAAAGUUUUUAUAUGGUGGAAGUAGCAAAAAGUUCACAAAAAUAUAAACAAUUAAUCAUUUUUUUACA